AUGGACGCACAAGUCGACGAAUCUUCCAAGCACCUGGACUUUACAAUAAUUCACAAGCAGUUCAUCGUCGGACUCGCGGUGAUCUCAGUACUAGCAUGGCUGCUUCAAUCUCUUUUCUUGGCUUGUCGAGACGGCCUUCGUGACGUGCCUGGACCAUGGCCCGCAAAGUUCACCCCGCUGUGGCGGUUCAUGUUUGUGUACAAUGGCGAGGCCCAUGAAAAGUACCGAAAACUACAUGCUGAAUAUGGUCCCAUCGUACGGACGGCUCCUAAUGUGGUAGAUAUUUCGGACCCAUCCGCCAUACCCGCGCUUUAUGGUAUUGGCAGCAUUCUGACAAAACUGGCUUGUGCCAAUCAGUCCGAUUUCUACAGCACAUUCGACGUCAUUCAUGAGAAAGAUUUCAUGUCGAGCAUGUUCUCAACUCGGUCUUCCAAUGAGCACAAGGCGAUAAAACGGCCAGUUGCACAAAAAUACAGCAUGAGCUCCAUUAGAACCCUCGAGUAUCUUGUCGAUCCAUGCAGCGAGAUAUUCACCAAUGCCAUGGAGGAGCUCGAAGGUCAAGUAAUUGAUCUAGGCGUCUGGUUGCAGUGGUACGCCUUUGAUGUCAUUGGGGCCAUGACUUUUGCAAAGCGAUUCGGAUUUAUGGAACAGCGAAAAGAUGUUAAAAACGUCAUUUCAGGCAUCGAUUUGGGUCUCCGAGUUGGCAGUAUCCUUGGACAGAUCCCGUUGCUGAACUGCUUGUCAUGGAGAAGCAAGACCAUCCGCAAUGCCUUCGGUCACUUCUCGCUUUCAGAUCCUAUGGACAUUGUUACAAAGAUGGUGUUGGAAGCCGUUGAGGCGUAUGACGCGGAAGCAGCCACGGGAAAUGAACGGGGUGAUUUCCUAGCAUUUUUCCGACAGCAAUCAAAGUCAUCGGGGGAGUCUAUGGCGCAAAAGGAGUUAAUGAACCAUCUAACCAACAACCUGCUGGCAGGCAGCGACACCACUGCUAUCUCAUUGAGAGCCGUGUUCUACUAUUUUCUGCGAAACCCACAGUGUUAUGACAAGCUACAAGCAGAGAUAGACCAUUAUGAUGAUUCUGGGAAACUCUCGCCUGUAAUAAGUUACACCGAGAGUCUACAAAUGAACUAUCUUCACCUGGUUUUGAAAGAAGCCAUGCGGAUGCAUCCGGGAGUACAGUUUCCUCUCGAGAGGGUAGUUCCCAGUGGGGGUGUCAAAAUCUGUGGGCAGUUCAUACCCGAAGGUGCCGUGGUGGGUGUGAAUGCAGCAGUUAUCCAUAGGGAUCGUAAGAUCUUUGGCGACGAUGCGGAUGAGUUCCGGCCCCAGCGUUGGCUCUGCGAUGAAGAGAAGGCCAAGAAUAUGGACCGCCACCUUUUGACCUUCGGGGCGGGAGCGAGAACGUGUAUCGGAAAGAAUAUCUCUAUUAUGGAGAUGGGUAAACUUGUCCCACAGGUGCUGCGACAGUUUCAAUUGGAGUGGGCGUCGGAUGAGCCGGAAUGGAAGAUUCAAACAUACUGGUUUGCUAAGCAGACUGGAUUGCUUCUGAAGAAAGAGAACAUAAGCCAUCCAGGGAACGCAGAUGAAUUGAGUAGAAUCAACUACAUUGGGCUUUAUUCGCACAGGUACAUCUGA